AUGGCAGUCAGCUUGGAAUCAGCCGCCAAGGUCCCCGCUAGCAACCCAUAUUGCGAUCUGGGUGACCAUGGACGAACCAUCAGCACCACGUCGAGCGAUGCUCAGGACUGGUUCAACCGAGGGCUCGUCUGGGCCUACGCCUUCAACCACAGAGAGGCAGCCGCGUGCUUUGAGCAGGUCAUCAAGCACGAUCCCAAUUGCGCCAUUGGCCAUUGGGGCGUCGCCUACGCCUUAGGCCCCAACUACAACAAGGUCUGGAUGGCCUUCGACCCAAAGGACCUUAGACGAUCGGUCGCCAAGUGCUACGAGUACUCUCAGAAGGCGACCCAGCUGGCCCACAUCGACGUCCUGGUCGGAGACUAUCGACGGGCCCUCCACACCAACCUGAGGGCUACAAUCGCGGACGACAAGUACUAUGCACGAGAAGGGGGAGAGAACUUUUACUUGUUGUACCGCAUGCACGACUACCACUCUCUGAUCUACGGCGCGAUGCUGGCCGGUAACUCAAGGGCGGCUCUCGACUCGGCUGAUCGGAUGGAGGCCACCGUCAGCGAAAGCAUGCUCCUUAUGCAGUCGCCUCCCAUGGCGUCUUGGCCUGAGUUUUUCAAGUCCGUCCGGGUGCACAUUCUGAUCCGCUUCGGAAGGUGGGACGAGCUGAAGAAGCUGCUCGUCCCCGAGAACAAAGAGCUGUACUGCGUGACGGUUGCCACCGUCUACUACGGAAGAGGCAUCGCCUACGCCGCCACUGGCGACAUCCAGGAGGCUGACAAGCAGCUGGUACUGUUCCGGGCAGCAGUCAAGCGGGUGCCGGACAGCAGGCUCGUGUUCCCCAACAAGGCAUCGGCCAUCCUCGCGGUGGCCUCGGCCAUGCUGGACGGGGAGGUCGAGUGCCGACGCGGCAACUACAAGGUCGCGUUCGACAGCCCAAGGCUCGCUAUGGCGCGCUAG